CAAAAACUCUUAUGGAAAAUUGAUUUGCUUGACAGUAUACAUUUCGUAAUUUGUGAAGAAAUUCUGAAAAUCUUUUGUUUUUCUUUCAGCCAAAUAAGUUGUAUCGUAGGAUGGUAAGAUUAUGGCAUUUGAGUGUUUUCGAAACACCAACCAAUUUUUAUAUUGUUGGUUCUGAUGUAUCGAAGAUUCGUUAUCGGCUGCUGAAAAUUGGUCGUUUGGGAAUGCAAACAUUGGACAUAGGUGAAGCGGAGCAGAAUUAUUCGAAGAGUGAUAUCAUGGAAUUAUUAGCGACUGUUUCGGAAGGAAGCUCUGUUGUGUUUACUCAAAACGAGAAACAGUCAACGAGUUUUGAUCGACGAAAAGGUUUGAUCGAGCGUGUCUCUGAUGCUUUCGGAUUACUUGGAGCUGUGCGCUUUCUUGAAGGCUAUUAUUUAUUGAUCGUAACGAAGGCUCGAGUUGUUGCUACGAUAGGCUAUCAUGAAAUAUAUAAAGUUGAGGAAGUUGCUCUUAUUCCUUUAGCAGCACAGGGAAUCCCAGUUAACAAUCCCGAUGAAUUGCGCUAUCUGAAAUUAUUUCAAUCUGUGGAUUUGUCAACAGAUUUCUACUUCUCUUAUGUAUAUGACUUGAGCCGAACGCUGCAAGAAAAUGUCUUGCAAAUAUCCGGCUGGCCCAAGUACAAACAAGAUGACAGGAAUGAAACUUGUCAAUUCUUCCCUGAUUCGAAAUUUAUCUGGAAUGGCUAUCUUUUGGAACCAUUACGCAAAAGCGCUGUUAGUGAGCAGUGGUUUAUCGAAGUUGUUCAUGGAUAUGUUGGUCAACAAAUAAUCGAAUUACCGUGUUCUCGAUUGUCAUUAACUUUAAUUGGACGUCGUUCCGUAGAGUACGCUGGUACAAGAUAUCUAAAACGAGGUGCUAACGCUAGAGGCCAAGUAGCAAAUGAUGUUGAAACGGAGCAAAUCAUUUGGGAUACACGUUCUUCUCCUAAUUUCACUACUGGCAAGUUUAGUUCUUUCGUCCAACGUCGUGGAUCAGUGCCGCUUAUCUGGAGUCAACAUCCAGCUACUCGUGGUGUUGUUGGCAAACCGGUCAUUUCGAUUGACAUCAACGAGCCACAUGCACAAACUGCUGCUGCUCAUUUCCGUGAACUGCGCAACAAAUACGGUAACCCGUUGAUAGUGAUGAAUUUGGUGAAAAGGCGUGAAAAUAGAAGGCAUGAGGCGCUAUUGCAUGACCAGUUCCUUAAGGCUGUCAAGUAUUUGAAUAUGUUUCUACCAAAAGCUGAACGGAUCGCGUAUUUGAGUUUUGAUGUAGCUCGCUGUCAUAAAACUAGAAAUGUCUUGAGUAAACUUGAAGAAAUAGGUUUACGAUGUGUUGUUCGACAUGGCUGGUUUCAGUCAUUUCCACCACUGUAUUGCCGCAAGUUGAGACCGACUUCGUUGCUAAAUGAUUUUGAGCCUCUGCUAAGUUUAGAUGGUAGAUUUUUGCUCCAGCGCGGUAUUUUGAGAACAAACUGUGUGGAUUGUCUGGAUAGAACAAAUGUUGCUCAGUUUGGAAUCGGAAAGGUCUCGCUAGGAAUUCAGUUAUAUUCUAUGGGAGUUGUCGGAGAGCCUUUACUGUCUUCAUCCAGUGAAGUUUGUCGAAUGUAUGAGGAUUUGAUGGAUCAGCAUGGCAAUACAUUGGCACUACAAUAUGCGGGAUCUCAAUUAGUGCAUUCAAUCAAGACUUAUAAAAAGAUAUCUGUUAUACAGGAAAGAAGUCGUGAUGUAAUCCAAACUUUGUCAAGGUAUUAUAGCAACACUUUUGGUGACUAUGAUAAACAAAAUGCAAUCAACCUGUUUUUAGGCGUGUUUAGACCAAGUAGCACAAGCUCUCAUUUGUGGGAUUUGGAAACCGAUCAUUAUCUUCAUUUCCCUGCUGAUUUCAAGCUAAAAGCAGAUUACUGUGCAUGGUUUGUUGAUUCCGAUUACUGGGAAGGUCCUAAUGAAUGGGAUGAUUGGAAAUAUACCGGUGACAGUGUUUUUUCCAGUGUUAAUAUGGCAGCACCAGUAUCACGUUACUAUUGCUUGUUUUCUGCUGAAGAUCUACACUACACAUACUAUCGUUUAUGGGAAUUAUCAAGAUUAGACGAUUUAAUUCGUGAGCAAAAGGAUCUCCAGAAAUCUGUAAUGGUUGAUGGUGUGAAUCAAAGCAUCGCACAUUGCUAUAGUUUUGCCAAAUUAUGGAAGCAAGAUUUAAAUGAUAAGAGCAAUAUGAAGCAAGAAAAAACUGCUUUAUCAGAUGAUGAUGACGAAGAAGACGAGCCACUGAUGAAAUCAGACACCGAAGCACAUUAUGAAUGCGGUUUUAGUUCGGUCGGUAAACUUCGCCUUAUCACUUCAACAAAUCGGGAAACGGCACUGGAUCAGAAAAAUUCGAAUAGUAGGGUGAUGUGUAUAGGCCUUUUAACAACUAAAGAAGCAUAUGGUUUUGAGGUCGAAAAACCUAGUGAUGCUGACAUGGCAAAAUAUCUCAAAUACGCACGACUCGGCGGUUGCACCAGCAAUCGUAAGGAUCUUUACCCACCAAGGAAGCCCAAACGACUUGAUGACUUAUCGGCAUCAGCGAUACCCGAUUACAGCCGUUUGGAACCGACAUCAUUUUUCAAAUCAGAUAGUAUAUAUUCUGUUUUUCUUCUGCCAAUAUCGAAAGCUUCUAUGGAAAUUUACAUUGAAAGUGUUGAAUGUGCUUGGCAAGGGCCUAAAAGUCCAUCACAAAUCGAUCUGGAAAAGUAUGAAAAUUACGCACUUGAAAAGCUUGAAAGACAUUCAGCUUUUGCUUUACAAUUUUCCUCAUCUUGAGGUACAGUUAUUUUUUGUUCCUUAGAGCUUUUAAUUUUAUUAUUGCAUUUGGGAAAUACUGUUUAUAUGCCUUUGCGUCAGUACAUUACUCGAAGUUGUUGAGUGAAUUUUCGAAAAUUCGAAUAAUAAAUUUCUAAGUUGUACGGUUUCC